AGUGAAAGUGAAUGAAUGUCGGAGGCUUAAUUAGAGAGGCAGGCGGCGGUUGCCUCAGUUGUUUCCAUACCGUCGCGACCACCGCCUGCGUCCGACGUCCGUAGCCGUGCGCUGCUCACUCCGCCCAUUGACUACGAUCGCCAAACAACAUAUUACCAAGAUGAGCCGGCACAACUGCUUGGCGCUGACAGCACUGCUUGCCGUCCUGUGUGUUGCUGAUGCUCAGCGGCGACUUGCUCUACCAGACCCGAGGAGUUGUGCUAACAGGGUCCGCCAUUCGACAUACAGAGAUGCGCGAGGAGUCCACCAUUCGUACUUCUUCAGCUGGGAACAUGCGCCAACACGCAACUUGGAAGUCGACUGGCUUGACGCCAGAAAUAUAUGUCGCCGACACUGUAUGGACGCCGUUUCGCUAGAGACCCCGCAAGAGAACGAGUUCGUGAAGCAAAGAAUAGCCCGCGGGAACGUCAGAUACAUUUGGACGUCCGGACGUAAAUGUAAUUUCGCUGGAUGCGACCGUCCCGACCUCCAACCCCCCAAUCUCAACGGUUGGUUCUGGUCCGGAUCCGGCGCUAAGAUCGGACCAACCGCCCAACGCAACACCGGCGACUGGUCCUACACUGGGGGUUACGGUCAGCAACAACCCGAUAACAGAGAAGCUGCUCAGGGCAACGAUGAAUCCUGCUUGGCAAUUUUGAACAACUUCUACAAUGACGGCAUCAAGUGGCACGACGUGGCCUGCCAUCACGUGAAGCCGUUCGUGUGUGAGGACAGCGACGAGCUCCUCAACUUCGUCAGGUCACGGAACCCAGGACUGCGCCUAUGAACAUUGCUACAACAAAACUCCUUACUUUAAACACGCAGCUUAAGUCUUCUUAGCUGACGUUAAUGUACAAAAUCCAGUGGCUAAUUUAAGUUUAUUUAUAUUACCUACUAAAAAUGAUGCCCUUUUACUUCAACCAAUGUACCUUUUAUCUAUCCCUUUUUUAACUGUUUUCCAUUAUAGAAAACGUGUGCAAAUAUUUCGUUGCAAGACGAAUGGGAGUAAUUUUAUUGUAUAAAGUUGGUAUCGCACAAGUAUUAGGUUAACAUAACUUAUAUAGAAGUAAAUGAUUAUCUUAUAA